GACAGCGCAAGCUCUACAGCUUCAGUGACAGCUAGCAUCCUCGAGUACCGAACCAUCCAGGGCCGAACCUUUCACAGCGACCGCCAUUCCACCGAAUACUUUACUCCCAAUGACGACCAACAGCUCCAAUCACAGGACAUCACCCACCACUACCUCACCGUCCUCCUCGGCGACAAGCUAUUCCUUGCACCCAUUGCUGGUGGUGAUGUCAAGAAAGUCCUCGAUGUCGGUACCGGCUCUGGUAUCUGGGCCAUCGACUUUGCCGACCAGUACCCCCAGGCUGAAGUGAUCGGCUCCGACCUCUCCCCCUGCCAGCCAUCAUGGGUGCCCCCCAACGUCCAGUUCGAGGUUGACGAUGCCACCCAGCCUUGGACGUGGAAGGACAACGAAUUUGACUUCAUCCACAUCCGCUACCUGUUUGGCGCCAUUGCCGACUGGAACGCUAUCUUCCAGCAGGCCUGCCGCUGCUGUGCCCCCGGCGGCUGGGUUCAAUCCUGUGAGGCCGAUGUGCACUUCUUCUGCGAUGACGACACGGCCGACGACCCUCAAGUUGCGCCUUACCUUAAGACGUGGGCCAAGCUGUACGAGGCCGGCGGAGCUGAGAUGAAGAAACCAUUCUUUGUGCAGCAGGAAAAUUUGCAGGAGAAGGGCAUUGAGGCAGCUGGUUUUACCGACAUGAAGGUUGUCAACUACAAGGUGGGACAUGCACUUUAUGAUCUCAAUCUCCUUCCUGUCGGCGGAUGGCCCAAGGACCCCAAGCUCGCUGAGGUCGGUCGUUUCGUGAAGCUGACCAUGGAGAACGACAUCGAAGGAUACACGCUCUUUAUGUGGCACAAUGUGCUCAAGUGGCCAAAAGACGAAUACCAGAUCUUUCUUAUGGGCAUGCGCAAGAUUCUAGCCAACCGCAAGGUCCACGCCUACAUGAUGGUUCGCUAUGUGUAUGCCCGGAAGCCCGAGGCUUAG